AUGCGAGGGGGAAGAGGACGGCGAUGCGCGAGAAGGCGGGCAGCGGAGCGGGUGAGCGAGGCAGAGCGGCAGGCGCGGGAAGAGGUGGCGGAGUUGGAGGAGCAGAUCGAGCAGGUGUGUCGGCGGCACAGCUCGUGGAAGGUGGAGUGCGCGCGGAGGUGCGCGCGACGCUGGCCUCUGCCGGUGAUGGACGAGGUGCCGUCGCCAGGUGAGAUGCACCAAUGGGGGGGGGGAGGGGAGGUCGUGGUGGGGAGGGGAGAAGGUGGGGAGGGGCGGGCGCAGUGGGGAGUGGGACAGGUGGGGAGGGGAAGGCGCAGUGGAGAGGGGAGCACUUUAGAGGCGUCUCAGAAGCUGCAAGUGUCUGCAGUGUUGCCAUCACUGCACGCCCUCCCUGCCCCCAUCACCGCACGCCUUCCCUGCCGACGGUUUGCUCUGCAGCAUUGCUGUGGUGACCGCCAGGCUCGACAGGCAGGUGGGGUAGGGGUGGGAGGCCAAUGGGAUGGGGGUGUCAAUAAUGUUCACGGCGCCCAGUCCAGGGAGGGAGGGCGAGGUGCAGCUGACAGUGUGGACUUCCCCGGCCCGCUCAAGUACCACACUGUGGCGCCGCAACUCAUGCAGCUCAAAGUGUUGGAGCAGCACUCGACAGCAAAGGGGGAUGGGCUGGCAGCCAGGCUGGCGACCGCAUUGGCGGCCAGGCUGGAGACCGUUAAGCAGCGAUUGGUGGAGAACCAGGCGGAAGAGGCCAAGCUGAGGGAGGAGGUGAAGAAGAAGGCGGCGCAAGCAGAGCAGCUACUGGCGGUUUCCAAGGAUCUGGAGGAGAGACGGGCGGCAGAGGCCCAGCUGAGGGAGGAGGUGAAGGAGAAGGCGGCGCAGCUGCAGGCGCUUUCCAAGGACCCCUUUCCUCCUGCGCCCAUAGCUGCUCGCACACCCGCCCAUAGCUGCGCCCAUAGCUGCUCGCAAGCCUCCCACAUGGCUCGCUGCGCUGCCGUGCUCCGUGGGCGGCAAGGGGGUCACACGCGAGGGGAGAGUGCCUUACCCACGGUCAGUGCCACGCGCUGCAUGGGGGAGGGGCGAGUGCAUGGGGUGAGGGAGGGGCGGGUUGCAUGGUUGAGGUGCAUGGUGCAUGGGGUGAGGGGCGCUCUGCCUGCGCACGGCGUGCCGCUGCUAGAGGCGCGGGUGGAGCCCAUGCUCCCCCCUCCCUCCUUUCCGUCUAUUGCGAUCACAGCAGCUCCGCGUGCCGCUGCCACCGCCCACACUCCCCACUCUCGCGCGCUACUUGCUCUCCGCAUCUUGCGCCCCGCCCCGCCCCCUGCCACCUAUGCGGGCGCCAAGGCUGGGUGCACGGGCACAGGGACGGGAGCGAGUGCAGGCGACAUGCUCACCUGUCGCCACGGCGAGCCGAGCCAAUGUGCCUGUGGUGUGGUGUGGGCAAGAGCAGCACGAGCGGACUUGCAUCCUGCCACGCUCUGGGUGAUGGCCACACCAAUGUCAAGCUCAUGCCCUUCCCCUCCCUCGCCCUUCCCCUCUCUCACCAUUGUUCUCGCCCGCCCACCCUGUCUCUCCCGCAGGGACGUUAACUGGAGGCGAUCUAACCAGGAGGCCAUGAGUGUGAAGACCUGCCCGCUCUCCCCCCUCUCGUCCCUCACGCCACUGCCCUCCACUAACACCCCAGAUUCCAUUCCGCCCGGUACCUUGCGCUUCACUGCUGCCGCCACCCACACGCCCACUUCCCCCGCUGUGGCGUCACCACAACACGAGGCACGUCGCAAGGCACUUGCGCACAAGGUGCUCUCCCCCCCUCCACCCAAUCAUCGUCUUUCCUCCAUCAACUCUACUGUCAUGUCAUGUAUAUGCCUGCAUGUUCCCCUUUCUCCCCCCUCAGCCACCAAAGGCACAGCAUUUCUCGGCAUGGCAUGGCAUGAUUCCCCAUCCAUCCGCGCACACCCUCUUCACCUCUCUCUUUCCUCCCGUCCUCCCGCCCACCCCCCUACCCGUCCCACACACCUCCCUGCUUGUCCCCCCUGCUCCCCGUCCUCGUCCGCGUCUGCCCCUCCCCGUCCCCCUUGCCCCUGCAGGCACGGCGUGGCGCUGCUAGAGGCGCGGGUGGAGCCCAUGCUCCCCCCUCCCUCCUUUCCGUCUACUGCCAUCACAGCUGCUCCGCAUGCCGCUUCCACCGCCCACACUCCCCACUCUCGGACGCUACUUCGCUCUCCUGUCGCCAUGGCGAGGCGUGGCAUGUGCCUGUGGUGUGGUGUGGGCGAGAGCAGGUCGAGGGGACUUACCUUGCAUCCCGCCACGCUCUGGGUAAUGGCCAGGCCAAUGGGCCCGAAGCUGCGAUGGGGCAUGCGAGUGGGUGCGAGGUG